CGUAGCUAUCAGUUUUAGCAGAACAGAGGUUUUGCUAACUUUGGAAGCUGUUAGCAGGCUAAUUAACCUUUGCUAAAUUUAUUUCUGCUAACCUUAAUUUCAAACUCUCACAGGUGACGUACUCCUGCGUCAUGUUUCAUGCUCCAUGUGUGUAGCAUCUUUAGCAUUGUGUGUUUCCUGUUUCUUUGGGAUAAUUUCAGGUACUUUUUUUUGUUACUAAUUUUCUUGUUUGUUUCAGCUUUUUUUUAACCUAUUCAGCAAAUAUCUUUCAGCAACAUUCACAGUGUGUUCUCUGCAAAAGUGCAAAUUCUCUAGUUAACUAAAUAUUUUGAAGUUUUCUCUUAACAGCUCCUUGUUCCUCCAUAAGAUAUUUUCUGACUCCAAAUUGAGAUCACUGUCUGCUGCAGGUAAGAUACUGCCAGCGUGUAAGUACUCCACAAUGAAAAACUGAACUAUCUCUGACUAUGAAGCAGAUAUAUAUAUUUUUUAAUAUUACAUCUACCAUCAGAAUUCAAUUUGAAAAGUCACCUUUGAGAUUAUUAGUUUUUGAAUAGUAGAGAAUGAAACAUUUUGACCUGCCCUCUCAUAAAGGCUUAGUGAAUUUAAUAUCUUGUCAGCAAAUUUACUUUGUAGGCACAUGUAGCUCUGAGAACUAUAAUAAUGUUAAUAACUUUUAUUUACCAGGUGAGUCGAUCGAGAAGUUCUCAGUUCUCAUUUACAAUAACGACCUGGACAAGAUGCAGCAACACAGGUAUUAUCAGCGAGCACAUGUUGAUAAAAUAACUAAUUAUUAGGGUUAUCUAAGUUGUUAAGAGUUCAAAGUUCAUAAAGAAGGUUGUUCUGAAGUGCAGGUCUUUUCUGAUGUAAGGAGUUUUGCUUUAGGAAAAAAGUGUGCAUUUUUUUAAAGCAGAUUAGUUGUAAUAAAAGCUACAGAUGAAUUCUCUGGUUGUUUCUCUAACAGGCACAGAGCCAGCUGGAGGUUUGCAGCAUCUCAAACUGAUGAAAAAACAUGAUGUAAUCAUUAAAGUACUGAUGCUCAUUUGUCAAUAAAAUCUGAGAGUUAGCUUGUUGGUUGUACAAACAUGUCUUAUUACCCUCUUUUAUAACUACUAUAUCCAUAUCUGAUUCUACUAUGGUCUUUGUUCUUAUAAUCUCUGACAGAUGUGGCACAUGUCGUCCUCUGCACCAGCCAAUCCUGAGGCGUUACAGCUUCAUUAAUGACUGAUAGUAUUUUUUUUUUCUGGUGAGGAACAAAACCAAAGAGACGAAGAGUUUGCAGUGCAGUCAUGCUGCAGAGGUUUAUCUGAGCUUUAAUUCCCCUCCCUGAGGACGACUUGCCUUCACUGAAGCUCCUGAGUCCGAGGUGGAGGGACGUCUAACUUAAACUCAGCCAUGAUGAAGCUGCAGACACUGAGAGUGAGGAAUGCUUUGGUACGAGAAUGCAUGGCUGAGUUUCUGGGGACGUUUGUCCUGCUGCUGUUCGGCUGCUCUGCAGCGGCGCAGGUGAAAACCAGCAGAGAGACUAAAGGCCAGUAUCUGUCCACCAACAUGUCCUUCUCUGUGGGCGUGAUGUCAGCCAUGUACCUCACUAAAGGCAUUUCAGGAGCCCACCUGAACCCAGCAGUGACUCUGAGUUUCUGUGUGUUGGGGCAGGUUCGAUGGGGGCGGCUGGUGCCGUACUGCCUCUCACAAAUCCUGGGGGCGUACGUAGCAUCAGCGCUGGUCUAUCUGGUCUACUAUGAUGCUAUAAUAACGUUUAGUGGAGGAGUUUUGACAGUUUAUGGCCCAAAUGAAACAGCUUCCAUCUUCGCCACAUAUCCAACAGAAUACCUGACGUUAGGCCGCAGUUUUCUGGACCAAGUGGUGGGCACAGGUACGCUGAUGUUGUGCAUCCUGUGUCUGGAGGAAAAGAGGAACACCCCGGCUCCCUCGGAGCUCAUCCCUGCCAUCGUUGCUGUGAUCGUCCUCGGCAUCUCCAUGUCCAUGUCUGGGAACUGUGGCGCCGCCAUCAACCCUGCUCGAGACCUGGGGCCCCGCCUCUUUACGCUCAGUGCAGGCUGGGGCACCGAAGUCUUUACGUGUUACAACUACUGGUUCUGGGUCCCGCUGGUGGCCCCUCCCAUCGGAGCUGUUUUAGGUUCGUUCAUGUAUUUGAUCUUCAUCCACUGGCAGCUGUGUGACCCAGAACCCCCUGAGAACCUCCCUGAAGUCCACACCACCAGCGACAAAACCAGGAAGCACAUCACCAGCUCAGAAAAAGGAGAUGAGUUAAAGACGGCACAUUUUUAAUUGUUACAGCAAUUUAAAAACAAACAAACAAACAAAACAAAACCUUUUUGAUUAUAAAAGACUGUUUUACCUGUUACCUGUUUUUCUCAGCUGUAAAAGUGUGGAGUUAAAUUGAGGUCAUAAGUUUUGAUCAAAAUAAAAAAUUGAAACUAAAAGACAAGAUGUUUUAAACUUUUCCAGAUUGUUUUUCAGUUUCAAAU